AUGCCGGCAGUUCUAAUUGGCAUCUCGUUCCUCACCACAACCAAACCUCAUCAUCGGCGGCGAAUCAUAAAGCAAGCUUUCAACCAACUCCGAGCGGAGACAAAAAACCAAAUUUACGGCCUGCAUCAAGCCGGCUCGCCGUAUCAAGUAGAUGCGAUUCUUGGCCCAAACGCGCACACAGUGAUGCUGGCAGAUGAGGUCCAUGUUGGCUUGUUCACGCAGUUAGCGAGAAUAAACCACGCGUGUCGACCGAAACUCACACUGGAGGUUCUGGCCUACCGCACCAUUCAACCCGGCGAAGAGAUCACAAUAAGUUACGUCCCCCUUGAGAUGCCCGUGGAUGAACGUAAAAAGUAUCUUAAGGACCACUGGGGCUUCGACUGCAGAUGCGAACUGUGCCGCAGCUCUCAAUCAGAGCUUGAAGAUUCUGAGUCCUGGCGCCGGCGCAUGAAAAGCCUCAAGAACACAAUUCUUUCAGCAAAGAAUGAGGGCUUCUUCCACGAUGCCAUCGUCAUGGCUGAAGAGUGGCUGCAGUUUGCCGAAUGGGAAAUGGUCCCUCCUCUUGAGCCGGAGUACCAUGACAUGCUGGCUGAGCUGCACCGCCUCAAUGGCGACAGGGUCAAUGCUACAAAAUAUGCUCGCAUGGCGGUAGACGGCUGGGCAAGGCUGGGAAGCGUCGACGAUGAGCCGCUGGAGAAGGCGAGGGUGUUUUUAGAGCAGCUAAGUAACGGAAAGGGGAUAUAA